AUGACUAUUGUUUAUUUAAAAAGAAAUGAAACAUUUUCGGCAUCACAUAGACUUAAUUCAAAUAAAUUAAGUGAGGAAGAAAAUAAAAAAAUAUACUCAAAAUGUAACAAUUUUCAUGGUCAUGGUCAUAAUUAUGAGGUAACUGUUACACUUAAAGGAUCUGUUAAUGAAACCACUGGAAUGGUAUAUAAUUUAGCUGAUUUAAAAAAUGAAAUGAAAAUUGUUAUAGAUAUAUUAGAUCAUAAAAAUAUUGACAAGGACAUUGACUAUUUUAAAGAUAUCGUCUCAACAACAGAAAAUUUAACCAUCUUCUUUUGGAAUGAGAUGAAAAAAAUUAUGAAAAAUGGUGAUUUAUUAUAUGAGAUUGAAAUCAAAGAAACUAACAAAAAUAUUUUUUGUUAUCGUGGAGAAUAA